GUUUGGAAAACCGAACGAACAUCAUAUUACGAUAUCAUACCUUGCAAUGUUCUCUUCACUUGGGAUUUCUCUUUUGAUUUUACUCCAGAUAGCCUCCAUUUCAUCAGCUGGAGAAGGAGAACUCGCAGAUACUACAAAAGCGGAUCCAAUGGCUUCAUCAUCAAAUGUACCACCUCUUGUUGAUAUUCCACCUUCAUUAGCUCGAAAAGACACAGAAGCACCUGCAAUACCUUUAUCAACGAACGAACCACCUUCUGUUGAUAUUCCAGCUUCACCAGCUCGAGAAGACACAGAUAUGAUGAUCGUGGAAGCGCCCAAAAUUCCUUCAUCAUCGAACGAUUCACUUACUACUGAUAUUCUAUCUUCAUCAGCUCGAGAAGACACAGAUAUGAUACUCGCAGAAGCGCCCACAAUGCCCUCGACAACAAAAAAACGACCUUUUGUUGAUAUUGCAUCUUCAUCAGCUCAAAAAGACACAGAUAUGAUGAUCGUGGAAGCACCCACCAUUCCUCCAUCAUCAAACGAUCCACUUACUACUGAUAUCCCAGCUUCAUCAGCUCAAGAAAAUACAGAUAUGGCAAUCGUAGAAGUGCCCGCAAUACCUUCAUCAUCUAGCGAACCACCCAUGAGUGAUAUUUUACCUUUAGUAUUGAUCCGCAUAUAUGCAGCGGAUUACACCAUCAAUCCAACACGUUUUGAAACAAUUAAUUGGCUGAAGAAAAAAAAAGACAAAGUUUUGGCAGGAAGUACCAGAUUUUCUGCUAAAGAAGGGACCGAAAUUGUCGGACAAAUUUAUAUGUGUGAUAUGGGAACAUUUAAAAAAGAUUAUAAAUCUUCCAAGAUAAUUCACGAUGAUCGAUAUUGUACAUACCGGACACGUUUUGGAGAUAAAGAAGCUCUAAGAUGUAGAUUUGAGCCAGUACCAUUCGUGGAAAAGGUAAAUAUAUCGAGUAAUCCAAAGAAAGAACAAUUGGGUUUACCCUGUGGGCCUGAUAAACGUGGCAAAAUGUAUCAUUUCGUGUAUAAGGUAGGCAAUUUUUUUUAA